AUGUCUGGACUUGCUUCCAGUCAAUCAAAGAACUCCGUCCUUUCCAGAAGCUCCCGAGCUGUUGCCAUCAGGAGGACAAACGUGGGCGCCGGGGACGGGGAGCCGAGUGAGAUUGAAAAAAGUACCGGGGACUUGACGGACGAAAAUCAGUCACCUUCUGCUCAAGAUGGGGAGACAAAUUCCCGUGCGAGAAGUAGGACUGUGCUGGACCCCAAUUACAAAGAACAUGCAACGGCCAGAGCGGGCCAACUAUCAGAUGUUUUUUUGGAAAACAGUGGGAUGUCAGUUUAUUACAAUGUCUUGAACACCCUAUAUGCCGUUUACCGACCACUUUUGACAAGGAAAUUCUUGGAUGAACUUCCUAAAGCCGUUGUUUGUAUUCUAACUGGAAGAGACGACUGUGGCCUGGAAGCUGAACUUACUAAGAGCAUAUCCUCUCAAAUAGACAAGCCAUUGCGGUCUCUCGUCACGUCUGUGAAUGCAUUGAGAUGCCAGAAUCUGAUGCCCAACAGCCGGAGCUCCCAGGCGACAAACUUUUUAAAUCUCUGGCUGGAUGAGUCUAUGUUGGCGCGAGUCGGAGCAGUUCAGGACUGGUUGCUGUCCACUGUGGUUUACCUGCCUCAGUACUUCUCCGAGUAUCUCGGGGCUGCUUGGAAUGUCAUCAGCGACGUGACUUUACCGCCUGUGGUGAAAUAUAUUUCUGAUUUCAUGGUGAAAAUUCUGAAAACGCCAAUUGAUUAUGUGAAAAUUGCAUUACAAGUCGGCAUUGAAAUCCCUGUUUUAAACCAAAGCGAGCAAUGUCAACAAGGUGAUCUUAAGCAGCUGAUUAUGUGGGGCAUGAUUCACAAUGUUAGCUGGUCGUUUGGGAACGCCCUGCUGGACAUUUUCCUGGCCCCUGAGCCCGCACCAUGUGACUACUCCAGCCCGGAGUGCCACAGUGUCCAGUUCGCCCGGUCUCUGGACCAGGACGGACCCCCGCCCCUGCUGAGCUGCAAGCGUCGGCCCCUCAGUAGCCUCAACAGCACCUCCUGCCCUCACGUGCUCCGCGCCGGCCCUGGAGACUCGCCCACCACGUACGCCCUCUGCCUGGCCCUGAGCACCCUCACCCCUGCUGAGCUGGAGCGGGUGUGGGCCAACGCGUGUGACACCAUCAGCUCCGUCCUGGCCCCCCUCCUGGACGGGUCCAGCUGCGACGGGAGCCCCCGCCAGGCGUCGCGGGUCUCCAGGUCCCUCAACCUCAAGGACCUGAUGUGCGUCUACCCCAACUGGACCGGGGUGGUCCGGCCGGACCCGGCCUCGGUCGCCUUCUGCGCCGACAACGACCGGGAGAGCUUCGUCCGGGUGGUGUGCAGCAACGUGGAGCUCAUCCGCCUGCUGGUGGCGGACCCCAUGAACGGCUGGCUGCCGGGUUACUGCGCCAACUUCUCGGGGGACCACAUGGUGGUCCAGCAGUGCAAGUAUGAGGUCUGGAGGAUACGCAUGGUGGACGCCUCGGUCCUGACGUUCUGCUGGGAGCAGGACCGGGACAGGAUGGAGAACCUGCUCUGCAACGACGUGAGCUUCUUCAUGCUCGUGCUCUCCGAUCCGGAGAACGCCUGGCUCUUCCCCAACUGCAGCCGCCUGGAGCCGCCCACGGAGGAGAACGUCCUCACCCAGAUCGACGACAUCUGUCUCUACUCGGCGUGGCUCAGCCCCGCCUUCGUCAGCUCGGAUGUGGUGGCGGCGUGCAUCCAGCACGACGAGCGGCGAUUCGUGCGCCGAGUGUGCGCGAAUUCCACCUUCCUCGACGCCUUGCUGCUCAACGAGUUAAACGGCUGGGUGGGCGAGUACUGCGCCCUCUCCCUGAGCGCCCCGCCCACCGACCCGCCCUCUGAACUUAGCACCUGGUGUAACUACCACCAGUGGCCGGACGGUGCCGUGGACCCCUCUGUGGUGGGGCUCUGCUGGCAGCACGAUCAGGUGGCCUUCCACAGGAACGUGUGCUGCAACAUAGCCCUGUUCGAGAAGCUCACCCUGGACCCGCAGAACGAGUGGCUGACGGCGGUGUGCAGCGACAAGGAAGUGAUGGACAGGCUGCCCGAGGUGUGUCGCUACGGCGACUGGGGGCGCCCCGUCAUCGUGGACAUGACCGACCUGGCGUUCUGCGCCGAGCUGGACGCCCGGAACUUCACUCGCCUCGUGUGCUACAACGAGACGGUGCUCCGGAAUCUUCUGGCAAACCUGGACAACACCUGGCUGAUCCAGUACUGCGUCAACCGCUCUGGCCCGGGGGGCAGCGGCGGAGGCAGCGAUGGGAGUGGGGGGCUGAUGGGGUUCAGGCCUGAGGAGCAGUGCCAGUACAAGAGCUGGGUGCUGUUCAUUCCGGGUGCCUCCCUCCUGGCACUCUGCUGGGACUAUGACAAGGCCAACUUUAUAUCCAACAUCUGCCUUGACCCCACCCUCCUGGCCCAGCUGACACAGGAACCCUCCAGCAGGUGGGUGGGCACGCUCUGCAACACCUAUGCUAACGUCAAUGACGACAGCGGUUAUGGAGACAGUGGGAACAGCGAUGGCGGGAACAGCGAUGGCGGGAAUGGUGAUGGUGGGAAUGCUGAUGGUGGGAAUGGUGAUGGCGGGAAUGGUGAUGGUGGGAAUGGUGAUGGUGAGAAUGGUGAUGGCGGGAAUGGUGAUGGCUAUGACGGGAACGGCUAUGACGGGAACGCUGAUGGCUAUGGCGGGAAUGGCGAUGGUGGGAAUGGUAAUGGCGGGAAUGGCGAUGGUGGGAAUGGCGAUGGUGGGAACGCCGGCGACGGGAACGCCGACUCCCACAAUAACGGCUCGGAGCCUCAGCCCUGCCAGGUCCGGGACCUGGUCCGGCAGCUGAACUGGACCUGUGGCACAGACCUCAGUGCGGCCUGCCGCCCAGGGGCCGGCCGUCUGGUGGGACUACAGCUGCUGCUGCGCUGCGGGGCCGAGGCGCUCAGGCCCCGGGUGGACAGCCUCCUGUCGGACAAGAUGGCCGCCGCCGUUAACCAGGCCACCAACGUGGCGGUGGUGCUCCUCGUGGCCCUGGAGGAGAGCCGCAUGACCUCGCUGCGCGUCUCCGAGAACAUCCGUCUCAGCGUGCUGGAGUCCGUCAUGCUAUACCUGGAGCAGGAGACCAACUUCGACAACAAGAGAGUUCUGCUGCAGUGCUUCGGGAAAGUGCUUACCAGCCUAAUGCAGACGGGGAGAGAUGGGAACAGUCACGGCUACUUCCUUAUCAAGGAAUAUUUCCGGAUCCCUCUUGACAGCCUGAGGGCAGUCCUGAGUGCUGUGGACAUCACCACCGUCAGACAAAUCAUGCAGUAUUACAGCAGGAACCAGGAUACCCUACAGCUCACGGAGGAAUACCGGCGCAAUAUGGUGUCUGUGUUCUUUGGGACACACCUCUCCAGGGACGAGGCCCUCUUCCCUCACCUGGCCCCUCUGCUGGCCCUGCUCUCUCCUGCAGACAUCCUCUCCCUUCCCAACCUGCAGAGCUCUCCCAACGUGUUGAGCACCAUUGACCUCAGCCUCCCGCAGCUCUCCCCCGCGCAGCGGCGAGCCUUCGGGAAGUGGCUCGGCCGGUCCGUCGGCGCCCAGACCGUGACUGCGGCCGGCCCCUCUCUCAUCAGAGACACCGGGAACCUGAUAGCCUACCUGCCGUUCCGUGACUUCCAGCACCUCUCGCCCGCUCAGCUGCUGGAUGGUCUAGAUGUCCUGCUGAAGAAUACCCUGAGCCCUAUUCAGGGGCAGUUCGUCGCCCAGACCUUGGUGGCAAACUACAGGAAUCUAACAGCCGACGUCUUUCAGAGUUUGGGAAACCUGACAUGUCUGGCUCAGCCCCAGAGCCUGGUGGCCCACAGGGACCCGGAGGUCACGACAGCCAUCCAGGACAACAUUAGGAUGUGUGUGCAGCAGGGGAUGCGUGUCUCCAGUGACAUGAUCUCCAGUUUAUUCCUUAAUGAGGCAGAGCUGCAGAACCCAGGCUCCCUCUCCUCUGAACGCGUUGCUCAGCUGGGAGACUUCCUGCCCUUGUUGGGAACGGACUUCCUGGGGCAGCUCACCCCAGCACAGCUCCGCCCGGCUCUGCCCGCCCUGGCAACGGUGCCCUUCACCCCGAACCAGUUGGGGCAGCCGGGGCAGCUGUUGGAGCUGGGCACCCUGGUCAGCGGGGUGAGGGUGGAGACCAUAUGGACCCUGACCUCCGACACCCUCCUCGCUGCCCUGCCGAACAUGGCCCAGCAUACCCCUGGCCUGAGCCCCCCUCAGGCCAACGCCGUCUCCACCAAACUCUGGGGCUCAGAGAAGGUGACGGAGUGGCUGGACGAGGUGGAGCCCCUGCUCCCCUGCACCCCCCUGCUGAGUGUGCAGCUGAGAGCCCCCCUGCUGCUGGGCAACACCAGCGCCGUGCGCUCGCGCGUCUGGAACACGCAGCAGGCCAAAGCUCUUUUUCAAGAGGCAGUGAAGACCAAGCCAGCCAGUCUUUCAAUUGAGGAUUUUAUGGAUCUGGGGACACUUGCUUCGGGAGCAGACUGUGCGACGCUGCGAUCGAUCUUCCAGUCCAAGCCAGACUUCCUGCUGCGUGGCGUCCUGUCCUUCCUCAGAGAGCAGCCUGCCCCCCUCCAUACCUCACUGAAAAAGUGUGUCAUUGAGGAGUUGUACCAGUUUGAAUUCUUCUCGCAGUUACUUGGUGAUCUGGGCUUACAGAUCGCCCUUGAGGCCUCGGUGAGCACAAUCCAGAGUUUUCCAGCCGACACUCUCAGAGACAUGAUUGUGCGGGAGCCAGUGCACUUCCUGCAAAUCCCCGAAAUCAAAAAGGCCCUCCUGGUGGACAAGAUGGUGCAGAGACUGAACAUGUACACGGGCGGGUACUCUGAAGAGGAGUUCCGCUCGCUGGGCGUCAUGGCAACCUUCGUGGUGGACGAGGUGUUUCUCCAGGUGGACAGAGCCUUCUUUGUCGAGACGCUGGACUUCCUCCGAGGGUUCUGCUACAGCCGCAGCAAGAGGGGCAUCGUGGCCCAGAUCCUUCAGGAGCCAGGGACCUUUGGACCAGUGGAGCACUGGACGUCUGCGAUACUCGACCAGGUGGACAGGUUCAUCUUCUUCCUGCCAAAAAAGGCUGUUCAGAAGAUCCCUGCGGAGCUGAUGACCCUGGAGCGCAUCGAGAGACUGUUCCUCAGCCAGCAGCAGUGGGAGGCAGGGGAGUUUGGCGCCCUCUGUGUGCAGAGCAGGGAACAGGACGAACUGGUGAAGCUCUUUGCCAAAAAGCAGUUUGUGCUCCAGUUCUUCCUGGGGUUCCUUAUAAUCAUAGCCGUGUAUCUCUACGUUGCAGCUCAUCUGUUGACCCCCAGCUGUGAGAACCUGCACGCGACGCAGCCGUCGGCCUGGAGCGUGACCAGCCUGACGUACAUGUCGUCGGGCAGCUUUGCCAGCUGUCUGGAGCUCAUUGGCCAGGACCCCUUUCUCACAUCAUUCGAGCUGGACUUGCUCCUCGACAAAGUCAAGAAGAUCUACGGGCCGGCCUCUGCGUUCUCCCCCUCGGUGAUCUCCCGGCUGGGCCGUGUGGCCACCCGGCUGAGCAACGCCGAGCUGGCGGUGCUGAACCUGUCUCAGCUCAGCACCAUCGCCGCCCUGGGGUCCAUCAGCAGCUGGAGCAGCACACAGCUGCCAGUGCUGUUCCUGUCCGUGCUGAACUCAACCCGGCAGACCCCCAGCCAGCUGGACUCCAGCACCAUGGUGGCUCUGGGCCACAUCAUCUGCGGGAUCAAUACCGCCGACAUGAAGAACCUCAACGCUGUAGAGUUCAGUAAGGCAGCGCUGUGGCUUGGUGGUCUGAGGUUGUCGUGUUCGGAGGAGCAGCUCCUGGUCCUGGUGGGGAUGCUGGAGCACAGUCUGGCCUUCGGGAAGACCAGCUCCUGGGGUCCUCAGGAGUUCAUAGAGAUCGGGAUGCUGGCAGCUGGUCUCCCAGACAUGGCCAUGUCUUCCCUGGUGAGGGACCAGAUCGAGGGAAUCUCCCCUCUGGCGAUCUCCCUUAUCCCUGCCGACAAGUUUUUUGUGGUGUUCAACCAGGCGCAGAUCCGCAUGUUUUCAUACGAGCAGGCGGUCGCCGUGACGCCGGCCCAGUACUCUGCCCUGACCCCCCUGCAGCGGACCGCCCUGUCCAUGGUGCUGACCCCAUCGGAGAACAAACCCGUGGACUUCCGUGGAAGGUCAUCGGGAUUUGCUCUGCGUCCUGGUCCCUUUUCCCUACUUAUGGAACUGUUGAUGCUGAUGCUGCUAUUCUUUCGCUCCUAAUUUCGAGUGAACCCCCCCCCCAAACUCAUACCUCGUCACCCUUACUUUGGGUUGCCCCUUGCAAUAAAAAAGUGGAUUGACUUUUCAUGCAUUCACUGAAUAACGCAUUCAGAAAGUGGCACUUAUUUUCUAACAGAAAAAGUAUUGUGGCGAUGUUGGAGCUUAAGAAUGCCCAGUAUGGUGAAUAAUGCUACACAUUCUGGCACUUAGACUUGAGACUACAAUAUGUAGUCAUAUAUUUUGAGUGCCGGAGGAUUAAUGAUUUUUGUGCCCCCUUGGGUUUGGAGAACACCCUUGGUUUUUAUUUUAUUUCGACAAUCACAGGAUGAAACCUCUUUCAAUUGUAAUUGAUCAUUUUAAAUAAAAUGUUCAAAGUGUGUAGAGCUUUUAUGUUGAAUACUAUUUUGAGGAUUGUAAUAUUAUUAUGUUUUGAAUUGAUGAGUGAUGUGUGUUAGUAAGCUCUGAGGUUUCUCUGGAGCCUACAAAAUAAUAAAUAUAUAAUCAUUAUUUAUGUAUUGCAGUCCCUGUUGCUAUGCCUAGUUUAAAACUUUAUAAAAAGACAUUGCAGUGUAUGUCUCUGCAAACUUUAACUUGAUCAAAUGAAAACAAAAAUGUUCCUUUAUUUAUUGUAUUUAUUUUUACAUUCUGUGAUAAAGGCUUGUAAAA